CGCACUCUCCUUGCGUAUAUGGCUUCAUGACAAAAGCUACGGGACGCUCGUGCAGGGUGUGCGUGCGAGUGACCAUCAACAUUGCAUCGACGCUCACCCCCGCGUCGCCGCAACACAGCUUACCACCAUGCCUUCCUCCUCUUGUUCCUCUUCAUCUGCACGCAACCCUGACCAGCAGCGCCCGCUGGAACCGCCUAUCUAUCUCGGCGCUGCUGGCACCAGCAGCGUGACGGCAAAUCGCUCACUAGCAGAUGCCGUGUCCGAUUGCUCCGCCUCCGAGUCUACGUACAAUAGCUACCGUCACAAGGAUGCGUCGCGCAGUAAGCAUUGCAGCUCGGUAGCACAAACGAAGCUCGAGGACGGAGCCGAGCUGGCGCAAGAUCCGCGGAUAGCAUUGCAGAAGAACGUCGACGCCGCCACGGCAGGCAUCUCGCGGAAAAUCUCGCUGCCAGUUCCAGGAGCGCCGCCCACGGCUGAUCGCACGCAAUCGGUCGCAAGAAUAACAUCACCAUCCAUCCCAGCCGGAGCAGCUCCGCUCGACCUCAAGUUGACACUCACCGCCACCGGUGACCCGUCCGUGGUGUACAUCGACUGGGGGCCGGGCGACCCGGAUAACCCGUUGAACUGGUCCACCUCGCGCAAGUGGGCCAUCUGCAGCGUCUGCUUCACCUUUGCCAUGCUCACCGCUAUCAACGCGACGGGGUAUUCGGCUACGCAGGAGGCUAUCACGGCCGAGUUCGGCUGUUCCAACGAGGUUUUCUUGAUUGGAAACAUGACAUACUUUAUCAGCAUCGCCUUCACGCCUAUGGUGCUCGCCCCGCUCUCCGAAUCGCUCGGGCGCCAGGUGAUCUACCUCAUCGCCGCCGUACUCUACGCGUUGCUCUACAUCCCGCAGGCGCUCGCUCCCAACAUUGUUGCUAUCAUUGUCGUCAGAUGGUUUCAAGGCUGUUGCGCCAGCGUUGGCAACUCCAUGGUCGGUGGAUCCGUCUCGGACGUCUUUCCGACCGUCAAGCGCGGGCUACCGUUGUCUGUCUUUUGCUUGCUCGUUUACGUCGGACAAUCAUUCUCACCGACAGUCAGCGCAUACAUUGUCCCGUCGCACCUCGGCUGGCGCUUCGUCUUCUGGUGGCAGAGUAUCCUCGGCGCUGUCGUCUUCCUGGCCAUGCUGCUGCUCAUGCGCGAGACACGCGGCACGUACCUCCUUUCACGCCGCGCCAAACGCCUCACCAAACAGUCGAUGCAUCAGUACCAGCAGCAAGAGCAGUCUAGUGGGAAAGCAGACGAAGAGUCCUCGCGUCGACCCGGCUACAUGACCUACCGCUGCCGCGCCGAUGACGAGCGGGGCAGCUUCAUGACGAUGGCGCGCACGUCACUCUCGCGCCCAUUCGUAUACCUCCUGACCGAGCCGGUGUGCCUGGUUUUCUCCCUAUGGGUCGCCGUUGCAUGGGGAACCGUCUUCCUUUCCCUAACAUCUGUCCCCGUCGCCUUCCGCGAGGCAUACGGCUUCACCAACGCCCAGUCCUCCCUCGUGCUUCUCGGUAUCGCACCCGGCAGCAUCCUCGGCUGGGCACUCAACUUCCAUCAGGACCGACUCUACGCCAAAGCGGCCGCAAAGAACGGCGGCAAGGCCCCGCCCGAGGCGAGGCUGUACUACCCGUGCAUCGGCGGCUUGGUCUUUCCAGCUGGCCUCUUCAUGUAUGCGUGGGGAACGCGUGCUGGGGUGCACCCUUCUGUCGGCAUCAUCGGCUUUGUCAUAUUCAACACCGGUGUAUACUUUGUCUAUGUCGGUGUCUUCAGCUUCCUCUCCGACGUGUACGCGCGCUACGCGAGCAGCGCGCUCGCCGCGCAGAGCUGGCUGCGCAACGUCUUUGCGGGCUUCUUCCCGCUGUUCGGCGUGAUCAUGUACGAGCGUCAAGCGCCUCCGAUUGCGACGACAAUCAUCGCGAGCAUCGGCUUGGCGCUCGGCAUCGUCCCCUUUGCGCUGCUCAAGUAUGGCAGCCGCCUGCGCGCUGUCAGCCGCGUGGCGAAGCAGCUCGCAAAAGAGGAGGAGGAGGCGGAGGAGUUCAUGCGCCAUCAACGCGAGAAGGAGCAGCGCCGCGCGGCGAAAGAACAGCGCAGGAAGGCCCUGGCUGCCGUAGCUACCAGCGGCACGAUUGCAGACACGUUGAAACAGCCGCAACGACAGCAGAAAGUGGACCUUGAGAAGCAAUAGAGCAUGCCUUGUCAUGGCCUCGCCAUCCUGUGCACGGUAACCAUACCGUCCACUUGCGUCUCCUAUUUUUGCAUAUCCUCCCUUUGCAUGAGUAUUUCGCAUUGCUAUGGAAUAACAUCACAUUGUAUAGCAGUUAUCAAAGCAAUAAUUGUAGC